AUGACAGCCAAUGUGCAAGGAAAGUUUGUGGAUUCAACUGUUAGACUUACUGAGAAGUUGAAACUGGAAUGCAUGUAUCCAAAAACAGCCAUGAAAAUCCAGAUAUCCUGGUUGAAACUUAAUGUAAUUCAUAAAGAAAAUAUAGCUGUCUUGGAUCCAAUCUAUGGCAUAUGUAUUGAAGACAAAUACAAUGGAAGAAUUUAUUUUGAAAAUGCUUCCAGGGAAGAAAAGACUUUAUCGUUCAUUAAAAGCACUUUAGAGGAUGUUGGUCUUUACUUUUAUUCCAUUGUAACUUGCCCAGAUGGAAUCUGGGGAAAAGUAAUAGAAAUUAUUCAGCCAGCUGAUGCUUCUGAAGUAUCUGAGAAACAAAAUAAUCCUGUGUUUACCAAGCCAGGAGGAAAUGUUGCUUUUACUUGUCCCUAUAAAUUUUGAGAUUUAGUGCACCCAGUGAUGUGGGAAAGGAUUAAAGCAGGUUGAGUGGAUACUCUUGUUCUGUGCAACUUGUCAGGAAAGCAAAGCUUUGGUUCAGAUUUCAAAGAACGUGCACUGGUGGAUUGCUCUCAACAGGCAAUCCCCAUGAUUGUCAGUCAAAACAUUAUAGCCUCUGACUUUGCAACCUACAGCUGCAUAGCUACUGGUAGAAACAAAACCUGUGUGAUGAGUUUUACUGUGACUGGUAAGUGGGAUCACACAUGGUUUAUUAUCUACAUAGCUGGAGGAAUAUCUUCUGCAGUCUUACUGUUAGUUUUCCUACUAAUCUUCUGCAAUACUGCUUAUCGCAAAAAGUGAAAGAAAAAGAGGAUCACAGAGGCUUUAUCAAAAGCUACUAAUACAAGGCCUGCUAACUGUUAUGGACAAUCUAAUUUUCAUGGCACCCAGAACGCAGAAAGAAGAAUAAUCACCUGGGCAGAGAUUUACAUGAACUGCAAAAAUAUCUCACACAAACCUAAAAGAUUGUUAGAUUCCUUCUUAAGAGUGAAGUAG